AAUAUUUUUAUAAAUAUAAACAUGGUUAGACAAGAGACAGACCAAGACCUUCCAUUCAAGAUUAGACCAAUUCAACUUGUAAUGCACAACCCUAACUUCUUCUGGGUACAUCCUCUCGAUACUUCAAAAUCGAUCCAAGUAUUAGGAGGUGCAGGAUUUUUAUUCAGCGCUUUCGCUGGGGCAGGAAUUUCAUUGACCUAUUACAAAUUUAACCAAGCAACUAGCGUACCAGCUACUUUUUACCAAAAUGUUUUCAAAACUUGGGGUCGCUUGCUAUUCGGUCUUGCCAUCGGAGGAUAUGUUGGAUAUCUCAGAUUUGGAGAUAGACAAAGACUCCAUAAUGCUUAUACCUCAUACCGUCUCAGAAGAAGAUAUCCAGGAGCUAUCAACAUCACUGAAAAGGACAUCUGGAAGCACAAAGGACACAAGUGUCAUAACCAUAUCUACGAAUUCCAGUAAUUAUUGAUAAGUCUGAAGCCAAAUUCCAGCAAUCGUUCAAUAUUA